AUGUUCAAUAGAGCUAUUGGAUCUAUAAGUAGAAGGUUUUUCACUACCGAAUCUCCCAAUCUGAGACCCCUGCAGAUAAAACUUUCCAAUAACAAGAAAAAUCAAAUAAAUGUAAAUGGUAGUCAACCAGCACCGGUAUCCAAAAAGAUUGAUCCACGCUUAACGAGGAAGUUCCAAAGAGGUAGUUUUUACGACCCAUUUGAUUUUUCACUUGCAAGAAUUCACCUAGAUAAAAAAUUUGGAUCGAGUAAUCGUCCUAUGAAUGAGAUGUUCAACAAAUUUGGUAUCAAUCCAUUGGACCUUUAUACUAGUCCCGAAGUGUUAUCCCAGUUUGUUUCCUCCACUGGUAAGAUCCUACACAGAGAUGUCACUGGCCUUUCGGCUAAAAAUCAACGUCGUAUCUCCAAGGCAAUUCGUAGAUGUCAAGCCAUUGGAUUAAUGUCAAAGACCCAUAAGGAUGUGUCGCUACUACCUACAAGGACUUCUGGUAGAUAUUAA